AUGGCCACUACCCCGGGAUCAUUCCUCCUAACCGUCCAUGCCGCAGCCAUGAGUGGCGCUGUGAAGCUGCCACCGUACAGGAGCACGCACCUGCCUUGUCAAUCCUCGUCGUACCACCCGAUCGCUGCACACAAUGCCCUCUAUAUCCACGACUUCCUCCCCCAGUUUACGAUGACGUUCAACCUCGCGCUAGCUCGGAAGCGCAUCCACACUUACGCACAGCCGCCGCCGCCCUCCAGCAAUACGGUCGGCAUCGACUCCGAGUCUACUCCAGCCGCCGAAUCUCCUGCGGGCGACGAGCCCGCGCCCGACGAUGAGGGCCGUCACCCGACCAAGGGGGCGAAGUACGAAGGGCCGGCGAAGCACAAAUGUAUAUGGCGGUUUAAGGACGGUUCCCGGCGGGGUGGACCAUGUGCGCAGCGCGCACAACCUCGCGCAUCUCAUCCGCCGGAGCCGCCCCAGGCUCCCGUGCAGUGCGGAUGGGGCCCUUGCCAGUUCCGCGGGCUACCGGGGGACACAUACCAGCACUGGCGGACAGCGCACCAGCCGACCAUGGCGAAGACGAAGACGGCGGGCGAGGGCGGCGCGAAGCCCAAGACGCAGUGCGCGGUGUGCGCUAGGGGGAAGGCGAUGCGUCCGGGCACCCUCAUCAAAUACUGCCUGAAGAUGGCUGCGAUGCUCGGGACCGGAUACGUUUGA